AUGGGACUUCCAAGGGACUUUGAGGACUUUCAUCAAUUUGAAAUGUCAACAUGUUUAUCUGAAAUGAGAUCGAAACAAAACGAAGAAGAACAGUGUCAAAUAUGUGGCGAUACGGCUAGUGGAUGGCACUGUGGAGCGAUCACAUGUGAAGCGUGUAAAAAAUUUUUCCUUCGUUCAAUAACAACUGGUGAUGGCAGAAAAAAAUAUAAAUGUCAACGUGACCAAUGUUGUCUAAUAAAUAAGCGUUCAAGAACACAAUGUCAGUUUUGUCGAUUUCAGAAAUGUUUGAAAGCUGGAAUGAAACCGCACGAUGAACACAUUAGUCCAAAAACAGAAGAUUUAUAUAAAAAAUUGCCAUGUCUUGUUUGUGGUUCAUCAGCAUCCGGGAUUCAUUUUGGUGCUGUAACAUGUGAAGCGUGCAAAGGAUUUUUUCGUCGAUCAAUCAAAGAGAAUGCGCCCGAUCGUUAUCGAUGUGCUGAAAAUAACAAUUGUGAAAUAAAUUCCACAUCAAAAAUAACAUGUCGAGCUUGUCGAUUUAGAAAAUGUAUUAAUGCUGGAAUGUCAAUGGAUGCAAGUCGAAUUGGUCGACAAUCAAAUUUAUUUAAACAAAAUAUAUUAUUAUUACAUAAGGGUAAUCACAGUAUGGCAUCGAUCAAUGACAGUGCAAGAAUAGCUACAUUAGCCAAAAAACGAAAAACAAAAGCAAGAAAUGGAAGAAUAUUUGCAUCUAAUAAUGAAAUUGAUUCUGAAUUAACAGAUGAAACUAAAGAAUAUAUUCGAGUUGUUCAUUCAGCUUAUAUUGAACAUUUAAAGUCGAUUAUGCUCGCUAUUCAUUUACAGGAAUUACCACGUUGUACACCACGUGAAACAGUAUGGUUAACAAUGGCCACUCAAUUAGUCAUUUAUGCACAGUCUGUAAUGAGUUUUUGUCAGAAAACAAUUCAUGGUUUCAGUGAACUAUCAGAUCCAUAUGAAAUUUUAAGUUCAUCAAUACAUUCUGUAAUAAUGAUUACAUUAUUACCACGUACAAAUAAAAUGUUAAUGUCAUGGAAUUAUUGGCGAGCUGAAACAACAUUGGCAAAUGAAUUAAAUUCACAUGUAUCAUCGAUGAAUGAAGCCGAAGAUUUUUUUCGAUCAUUUGAAACAAAAUUAAGAGAUUUACAAUUAGAUGAAAAAGAAAAUGCAUUAUUAUUGUUAAUGUGUUUAACGAGAACAAAUAUGAGUGUUAUGAAUGGUGAAAAUACUACAUGGCCAAAGAGUCAGUUGGAUUGUGUCCAAGCAUUUUCAGAUUAUACACAAGCUCGUCGAGGCACAAAUGGUGAACUACCGGUUGAAUUCUAUGAGAUAGCUUUUUUGAUAUCUCAACUACGAACAUUAAAUCGUAAAAUUGGACAAUGUUUAGCAACAGCUCCAUGGCCAUUUGUUCGUAAUUUACCAUCAUUUUUUUAUCGAAUUUAUGUACCAAACAUCUCAUCAACAUCAAAAACAAACAAUCAAAAUAGUAAUCAUCAAAACAACAGCAAUAGUAAUGAUUCAUUAGUCAAUAAUCAUAAUAUCAGUGGUAGUCUUAACGGUCGUACAAUUGUUGGUGAUGAUGGUAGAGGACAAAAUUCAAAUUCAUUAAUAAAAUGUGAUCAUCAUAUGAGUAAUUAUACAGAUAUAUCAAUGUGGGCAACAGCACAAUCAUGGUAUCCUCCAUCGACUGUUCAAAAUAAUCGACAAUCAUCAUCAUCCUCUUCUUCUUCAAGCUAUGAUGAUCGAUUACGUGCUGCUGUGGCUAAUUCAGAUGAUUUAUAUGUUACCAUGCGUUGGUAA